AUCUUGUGCGGGUGGCCGCAUCUUAUCUUGAUCUUGUACCUAGCUAGCAGCAGCCGUAACCGCAAGGACUCUGCUUUGGGAUCCAUGGAGGGCGAGCAGCUCGCGGCUGCAGCGCGGGACAUCGCCGAAUUCUCCAUGCUGCUCGUCCGCCACCUCGGCGGCCACCACCAAGAAAACAAGCUCCAAGGGCCCACGAACCUGGCCUUGUCGCCCGCGUCCCUCCACACCAUCCUCUCCCUCCUCGCGGCCGGUGCCACGGGCGCCGUGCGCAAUCAGAUCGUCUCGUUCCUCGGCCCCGCCGGCGGGGACGCGCAUGUGGCCCUCGCCGCCCACGAAAACGUCGACGAGGUCCAGGACGACGAUGAUGACGACGAGGCGCCUACGCCACCGCCUGAGGUCCGGUGCGCCAUGGGCGUCUGGGUGGACUCCUCCUCCCUUGUCCUCAAGCACGCUUUUGCGGCCAUGGCCGCCUCCAGCCUGCGCAGGCCAGAGCAGACUAGCAGAGAUCAACAAGUGGCUCGAGAGCAAGACCGGCGGCCACGUCCAAGGCCUCCUCCCGGGGAGCUCCAUCAGCGCGUCCACGCUGCUAAUCCUCGCCAACGCCAUCUACUUCCGAGGCUACUGGUACGACCACUUCCUGCCGGAUAUGACGCGGGACGCCACGUUCCACGUCUCACCCGGUCACGAGGUCACCGUGCCCUUCAUGGAGGGCAAGGACCUCCACGCCAGGAUGCAGGUCAUCGGCCACCCCGGCUUCAAGGUCCUGCGGAUGCCCUACGCCGCCGGCAUGUGCCAGCAGCAGCAGAGUUUCUCCAUGUACAUCUACCUCCCCGACGACCGCGACGGCCUGCCGCGCCUGGUGCGCGAGCUCAACUCCGAACCCGCGGCUCUCCUCCACGGGAGACCCGUGCCCGACCGGCGGGUGCUGCGGAUCCCGAAGUUCGACGUCUCGCUCAGAGCCGACGUCUCCCGUCUCCUUGAAGACCUUGGCCUGGACCUGACGAUGUUCCGUCCCGCCGGCGACUCCUUCUCGGAGAUGGUGGCGCUGCUGGCCGGAGCCGACGAUGAGGAUACGCUGCCACCCAUGGCUGUCCCCUCCAUCGUGCAGCAGUGCUCCGCGCACGUUAAUGAGAGAGGCACCGUUGCUGCGGCGGCCACCGCGCUGGAGAUUCUAGGCUUUGUCAUGGACGACUCUCCCGAACCUGUUGUCGACUUUGUUGCUGAUCAUCCUUUUCUUUUCUUUAUCAAGGAGGACCAUAGCCGUGUGGUUGUUUUCGCCGACCAGGUCGUGGACCCUUCAGAUCACCACGUUAUUACUUAUUAGUUAAUGGGCAAUACCCUUCAGAGUACCAUUUAGCAGUCAUUAGACAAGUUUGUCA